AUGAUUAUUCAAAGACUAUGUAAAUUAUCAGUUCAUAAAAGAUACAUUUCUCUCAAACAAAAUACCAGACCGGAAGAUGUAGAAGCAAAUAACUCACUUAAUAUUUCGUUCACAGACAAGUUAUGCAUAAUCACUGGUUCAAACUCAGGAAUUGGAUUUGCGACUGCAAACUUGUUUAAUCAAUUGGGGGCCAGAUUAAUUUUGAUAGACAAAGACGUGGAUUUUUUAAAAUCAUGGGCAACAAAUUUAGAUAACGUCCAAAUAGUAAAAGCCGAUCUAAGAUGCGAAGACGAAACACUUAAAGCAUUAUCUUGUGCACUUAAAAAAGAUAAUUGUUUAGAUGUUUUAAUAAAUGCGGCUGGCAUUAUUAGAUUUGGGGGUAUAUUCGAUAGUACCAGAGAGCAAAUAGAUGCGUUACUGUCUACCACCUUAAAAGCUUUACAUUGUAUUACCAAAUGGGCUUUACCUCAUCUUAUGCCAUCACAAGGCAACAUUGUAAAUGUUUCUGGUAGAUUCGGUCUGCGCCCGGCCAAAGAUAUGAUGGCCUACUCGAUAGCAAUGUCGAGCAUAGACCAAUUCACGAAAUGUUUAGCUUUGGACCUGGCUUCAUGCAAAGUCAGAGCCAACUGCGUUAAUCCUGGUACCUUGGAAUCUACGGGUUUGUAUCGAAACGCCGGAAUGAGCAGAGAACAAUUUGAAAGUUACAAGAAGCACAGCCUGUUGGCCCAUCCAAUGGGCAAGCUGGGAAAUCCUGGAGAUGUUGCCAAAGCUAUCGCUUUUUUGGCUAGCGGCCAUGCUUCUUACAUCACCGGGGUAUCUUUACCUGUUGACGGGGGAGCUUCAAUACAAAAUUUUCCAUAA